GAGUGAGAUGCUGUGAGGACCAAAACGUACUCUCUGACCUCCCCGGAACGCAAUCUUCUUCUCAGGGAUAGCUACCAAUGAGCUCUGAGUCGACCUACGUGGCCAUCGUCUUGGCGCUUGCCUCCGUGGUCGCACUGUGCUACAUGCGCUCCCCAAUUCGUACGAAUUUACCUCCAGGACCGUGGCCAAUUCCAUUUGCUGGGAACAUCAUGCAGUUUCCACGCCGCAACAUCGCAGCGUCCCUUGCGUCACUUUCGGACAGCUAUGGAGACAUCAUCUACAUGCAUGUCUUCGGACGGGAAUUCUUGAUCCUCAACUCAGUUGUGGACGCCCUCGAACUGUUUGACCGGCGUGGCUCUCGUUACAGCGACAGACCUCGAUCGGUUAUGGCAGGUGAACUGGUGGGAAAAAACAGCGCCGUCCUCUUUCAUCCGUACGGAGAAGACCUCAAGAAGCACCGAAGACUUCUCCGGACGGCAUUCGAGCAUCGUCGCCAGGCUGAAUACUGGGAGAUACAAUAUGCAGUCUCGUACAAGCUUAUUGCUGCGUUGCUCAAAACACCGGAUGAUUUCAUGGCUCAUUUGAAGCGGUCUGCCGCGGCCUUUACCAUGCGAGUCGCAUAUGGUUAUGACGUUUCACAAGGUCCUGGGGAGGACCACUUUGUGACACUGGCAGAGGAACUCGCACGACUCACAGCCAAGGCAUCGAAGCCUGGAAGAUGGCUUGUCGAUUCGUUUCCCAUGCUUCGUUAUAUACCGGCUUGGUUCCCCGGUGCCGGUUUCAAGAGAUGGGCACGCACUGCUCGCAUUAUCACACAUGAGUUUGCGGCUGCACCGUACAUGUAUGCCAAGAACGCAGCUAUCGCGAACGGCAUCAGCUCUUUUGUGAGUGACACCAUUGAGCUCAUUCAGGCGGAGCUUGGCCACUCUCUCAGUCCUGGAGAUGAUGAGUUCCUGAAGUGGACAUCUGCGAGCAUCUACUCUGGGGGGACCGACACGUCCGUGGCAAUCAACUCAUCGUUCCUCCUCAUGAUGGCUCUCUACCCGGAUGUACAACGGAAAGCACAGGCGGAAUUGGAUUCCGUUAUCGGCCAUGACCGUCUCACACGUAUCGAAGAUCGGGCCUGUUUGCCGUACAUCGAGGCUCUAAUCAAGGAGGUCCAUCGGUUCAGACCGAUCACGCCCUUAGCGCCCCACACGACUGUUGUGGACGACGAAUAUAGAGGAUUUCGUAUCCCUAAGGGGAGCUGGAUUAUGGCUAAUACUUGGGCGUUCAUGCACAAUGCGAAGGUGUUUUCCCAGCCUGAGAAGUUCUGGCCUGAGAGAUUCCUCCCCGAAGGUGCAGGCUGCACAGCAGACCCUCGGGACUAUUCCUUUGGAUACGGCAGAAGACGAUGCCCGGGUCUGAGCGUGGCAGAGUCGGCUUUCUUCAUUGCUGUUACACAUAUCCUUGCCGUUUUCGAUAUCUCUCAUCCGACGGACGAUCAUGGUCACACGAUCACAGAACCGGUAGAUUUCACCGAUGAACAUAUCUCGCAUCCGAAGCCUUUCAAAUGCGUUCUCAAGCCACGUUCAAAGGCUACGGUGGACAUGAUAUCUCAACUGCUGUCUUCUUCGAGUUGCUGAGAUUCUCAUUCAAAGUUCAUUGUAUCGUGUGUUGUCUACGCUUAUAUCUAUUGAAACACGAUAUCGCGGCUGUUUCGACAUUGAAGAAUGUACGUCGAGUACCUUGGAAGAUUUGGUAGUUCAACAUGGGCCGGGUCACCCGAGGAGAGCGCCGCAAUUGUAUAUAUUUUAAGAUCAUCUCAUAAUUACGGAGCAAUGUCCAUCAUCUUCCAGGCAA